AUGGCGGACAUUCUCCACCUCCUCAAUCUUGACAUCUUCAACUUUACUGGAGGCACUCCGCAGCCCCCCGACCUAGCGCCGAGCAUCGUCUUCGCUGCUCUUUACGGACUGGCGCUACCGGUCCUCAUCUGGCGCGUUAGCAAUCGAGCAUCACGCACAUGGCUCCUUCUGCGGCCAGCGACAUUCUUGCUCCUCCGCCUCUCAAUGUACAUUCUACGCGCGAUUAUGAGCAUUCAUCCUUACGAUAUCCAUUACCUCAGCGGUGAGGCGUCACUCGUCAACAUUAGUUUCCUCAUUCUCCUUUUCCCAGUACUCGACUUGUGGCGGCUUCACAUUCUCACGACUGUCCAGCGCAAGGACAGGCCCAAGUGGGUCCGCCCAGUCAUUCCCUACGUGACGCUCCUCGUAUCCAUCAUCCUCAGUAUCGUCACCGCCACAAAAGUCGAUCCCACCGGGCCCACAAGUUCUCUCGUUCGCGGCCUCUGGCGAGCAAACUACAUUCUCUCCGUCUCCACCGUUGCCAUGGGCCUCAUCUACGUCCCUCUCUGCCAUUUCCUGAUGCACCUCGGUCGGCGAGGUUCAAUCUAUCUCAUGUUCCUCCUCUCCCUCUGCUUCAUCACCGCCGUCUAUCGCGUCAUCCAGCUUCACACAUUGGACCCCAACGCACCUGUACGCAGCCGCGCUGCAUUCUACAUCCUCGAAGGUGCCACCGACUGGGUCUGCCUGGCAGCCAUCCUCGCAAUCAACAUCAACGUUUGGUACCCUGGCCCGCUUGCCUGGAAGAAGGAGCCGUACGAGCCUGACGAGGCUGCCAUGACCGCACCCAGCACUGACACAGUGUCAGUGCUAGUCAACGGCCGUACUCAGGUGUGA